AUGUCGUCGACGCAUUCCAGAUCUAGUGCCGAGGCAGUCUCAGCACCAAUAGGUCCAAUCAACACCAGAGCAUCCAAGUCGCAGCAAACAAUGGGCACGAACGAUCUCGAUCUGGUGCAAAGCCAUCUCUCCCACCAUGACAUGCCCGUGGCCAACGAGUUCCAUGAGGUAGACGCCGGACAAUACCUGCGCUUUUCCCCGACACGCAAGAUCGUCAUUGUCUUCGUCCUGUCGUUCUGCUCGUUCCUGGCUCCUAUCUCCUCAACAUCGAUUCUAUCGGGUAUCCCCGAGGUAGCAAAGACAUAUGACACCACUGGUAGCAUAAUCAACGCCAGCAAUGCCCUAUAUUUAGCAUUUAUGGGGGUCUCUGCCCCAUUCUGGGGCCCGUUCAGUCAAGUCUGGGGACGACGUCCGAUAUUCCUCGUAAGCGCCUUCCUCUUUUUUGCAUUCAGCAUUGGAACCGCGCUAGCCCCGACUCUCCCGUCAUACUUCAUCUUUCGCAUCCUCACUGCCUUCCAAGGAACUUCCUUCUUAGUAGUAGGUAGCUCCGCCAUCGGUGACAUCUACGAGCCCCGCGCUCGCGCAACGGCACUAGGAUGGUUCCUAUCUGGCACAUUGAUCGGCCCAGCAUUCGGCCCAUUCAUCGGCGGAGUGAUCAUCACGUUCUGCUCCUGGAGGGUAGUCUUCUGGCUACAGACGGCCCUAGGAGGCUGCGGCACCCUUCUGGUCUUUUUCUUCUUCCCAGAAACAUAUCCCCACGUCGACAAGUCCGAUCUCACAGAAAUGAGCCUUUCGCAAAAGACAAAAUUCCUCGCCCACCGCAUCAAUCCCGUCCGCGUCGGCGUGCUCCUAUUUACGUAUCCUAAUCUGUUUUUCGCGGGCCUCGCGGCUGGUGCUCUGGUCUGGAACCAGUAUUCGCUGCUUACACCUAUCCGAUACGUGUUGAAUCCACGGUUCCAUCUCACGAGUCCGAUUCAGUCCGGUCUCUUCUAUAUCGCUCCAGGGUGUGGAUACCUUCUUGGUACAUUUAUGGGUGGUCGGUGGGCAGAUCAUACGGUUAAGAAAUGGAUCCAGAAGCGCGGGAGACGCGUGCCCGAGGAUCGACUGAAGUCGUGUCUUGUCUUUCUUGGUGUUAUCAUCCCGGGAUGUAUCCUCGUCUACGGGUGGACUGUUGAUCAGGCUGUUGGUGGGAUCCCGGUUCCUGUCUUGGCGAUGUUCUUGCAGGGUGUCGCGCAGUUGUUCUGCUUCCCGAGCUUGAAUACCUAUUGUUUGGAUGUGAUGCAGGCCAAGGGUCGCAGUGCAGAAGUUGUCGCAGGGAACUACAUGUUCAGGUAUGUUUUUGCCGCUUUGGGCUCAGGACUCGUGCUUCCUGCUGUAGAGGUGAUUGGCGUUGGAUGGUUUAGUACCAUCAGUGCGGUGUUCUUGGUUGCCGCAGGGCUUUGUGUCUGGGCUACAACUAUCUUUGGAGAUAAGUGGCGUGAUCAGAUUGAUGCAAAGGAUCAGCGCAAGGCGGCUGCGAGAGGCGAGGCUGGGCCUGUGCAGGAGGCCGAGAAGAAAGCCGAGGUGUGA